AUGCUUGCGCGAUACUUUUCUCUAAGUCUGCUUGCUACGGCCGUGAGCGCAGCAAGUAUAUCUGACCUCGUGGGCACUUGGUCAACAAAGUCCCGCAAGGUUGUUACAGGUCCGGACUUUUAUGAUCCAAUAAAUGAUAAAUUCCUUGAACCGAAUCUCACUGGUAUCUCCUACUCUUUCACGGAGGAUGGCCACUAUGAAGAGGCAUACUAUCGCGCUUAUUUCACUGCGCACCGGAUGCUUCUACUGUCUAAUAUGUCUGGGUUAUGCUUAGCUGUGAAUCCUUCGUGCCCUAAAGGCAUAAUGCAAUGGCAACAUGGAAAGUUCGUCUUGAACAGUGACGGAUCCCUUGAGUUGACUCCUAUUGCCUCGGAUGGCCGCCAGCUAGUUUCAGAUCCUUGUUCCUCAAGUCUAGCAACAUACACUAGAUACAAUCAGACAGAGACCUUCAAUGUUUCCAAAGAUCCUUAUCACGGCAUUCAACGACUAGACCUCAAGAGGUUUGAUGAUUCACCAAUGCAUCCAAUGUACCUGGUAUAUCAGCCGCCGCAGAUGCUGCCAACAACGACCUUGAACCCCGUGUCUGAGACGGGAAAAAGUAAACGUCAUGUCGCCCGCGACACGGACCGGUUACCUGGAGUGAGGAACUUGAUCACAAAGGAGGAGCUUACUAACCCUGACCGGUGGCUGUGGGUUGGGGUGUUCGCGACUGCUCUAGGUGGCAUCACCUUAUUUUACUCUUGA